GAGUACAGACUGUUUCCUGUCGGCGCUUGGGCACAUGAGGUUCUAGUGACCGCAGAGCUCAGUGCAGACGGCUGCUCAGUCUGUCCUUCUGCCAUCAUGGCGUUUGUGCCUGCGCCCAGCCCCACAGUGGUGGACCAGACCACUCUGAUGAAGAAGUACCUGCAGUUUGUUGCUGCGCUCACAGAUACAAACACGCCCGAUGAAACGAAGCUGAAGAUGAUGCAGGAGGUGAGCGAGAACUUUGAGAACGUGACGUCUUCACCUCAGUACUCCACCUUCCUGGAGCACAUUAUUCCUCGCUUCCUCACGUUUCUUCAGGACGGAGAAGUGCAGUUCCUGCAGGAAAAACCUACGCAGCAACUGAGGAAGCUGGUGCUCGAAAUCAUCCACCGCAUCCCAACAAACGAGCACCUUCGCCCGCACACCAAGAACAUCUUGUCCGUGAUGUUUCGCUUCCUGGAGAUUGAAAGUGAGGAAAAUGUGCUGAUUUGCCUUCGGAUCAUUAUCGAACUGCAUAAACAGUUUCGCCCUCCGAUCUCUCAGGAGAUUCACCACUUUCUGGACUUUGUGAAGCAGAUUUACAAAGAUCUUUCUAAAGUUGUUGCCAGGUACUUUGAGAAUCCCCAGGUGAUCGCUGAAAACACCGUGCCCUCACCCGACAUGGUGGGAAUGAUCACAUCAGUUUUGGUUAAAACGGCGCCUGAGAGGGAGGACAGCGAAACCCGAACACACACCAUCAUCCCUCGGGGGUCGUUGUCUCUCAAGGUUCUGGCUGAGCUGCCCAUCAUCGUCGUGCUGAUGUAUCAAGUAAAGUUCAUCCCUUGUAUGGACAAACUUUUCGACGAAUCCGUUCUGAUCGGCUCUGGUUACACCGCCCGGGAGACUCUCAGACCCUUGGCCUACAGCACGCUGGCAGAUCUGGUUCACCACGUUCGCCAGAACUUGCCCCUGACAGAUUUAUCUCUAGCUGUGCAGCUCUUUGCUAAGAACAUCGAUGACGAGUCGCUUCCCAGUAACAUCCAGACCAUGUCCUGCAAGCUGCUUCUCAACCUGGUGGACUGUAUCCGCUCCAAGUCGGAGCAGGAAAAUGGGAACGGGCGAGACAUUCUGAUGAGGAUGCUGGAGGUGUUUGUGUUGAAGUUUCACACCAUUGCACGCUACCAGCUCGUCUCCAUCUUUAAAAAAUGCAAACCUCAGUCAGAGAUGGGUAUGGUUGACCCAGGGGUAUUACCUGGGGUCCCUGCCACUCCCACGCCUUCAACCACCCCUGCCCUUCCACCACCCGCUCCUCCGACGCCUGUUGCAGCUCCGCCCCCAGCCCCAGCAACACCUUUUGAUCGACCCGGAGACAAAGAGGACAAACAGACCUUUCAGGUGUCGGACUGUCGCAGCUUAGUCAAGACCUUGGUGUGUGGGGUGAAGACCAUUACCUGGGGCAUCACCUCUUGCAAAGCUCCUGGAGAGGCUCAGUUCAUUCCUAACAAGCAACUGCAGCCAAAAGAGACUCAAAUCUACAUUAAACUGGUCAAAUAUGCCAUGCAGGCCCUGGACAUCUACCAGGUUCAAGUUGCUAACAACCAGCAGACCUACAUCAGAGUGGCCAACUGCCAGACGGUGCGCAUGAAGGAGGAGAAAGAAGUUCUGGAGCAUUUCGCUGGAGUCUUCACCAUGAUGAACCCACUCACCUUUAAGGAGAUUUUCCAGACAACUGUGCCCUACAUGGUGGAGAGGAUUUCCAAGAACUAUGCAUUGCAGAUCGUGGCAAACUCCUUCCUGGCCAACCUGUCAACGUCAGCUCUGUUUGCUACCAUCCUGGUCGAGUAUCUUCUCGAAAGGCUGCCGGAGAUGGGCUCCAAUGUUGAGCUCUCAAACCUCUACCUCAAACUCUUUAAGCUUGUCUUUGGCUCUGUGUCGCUGUUUGCUGCUGAGAAUGAGCAGAUGCUGAAGCCACACCUCCACAAGAUAGUGAACAGCUCCAUGGAGCUGGCACAGUCUGCCAAGGAGCCCUACAACUACUUCCUGCUUCUGCGGGCUCUCUUUCGCUCCAUCGGUGGAGGCAGCCAUGACCUCCUCUACCAGGAGUUUUUACCUCUUCUCCCUAACCUGCUGCAGGGUCUGAACAUGCUUCAAAGUGGCCUCCACAAGCAGCACAUGAAGGACCUGUUUGUGGAGUUGUGUUUGACAGUCCCGGUGCGUCUGAGCUCCUUGCUGCCCUACUUACCCAUGCUGAUGGAUCCACUGGUGUCUGCGCUCAACGGCUCUCAGACUCUCGUCAGCCAGGGCCUCCGUACCCUGGAGCUGUGUGUCGACAACCUGCAGCCCGACUUUCUCUACGACCACAUCCAACCUGUCAGGGCUGAACUCAUGCAGGCCUUGUGGCGAACUCUCCGCAAUCCGGCAGAAAGCAUCUCCCACGUAGCGUACCGGGUGCUGGGAAAGUUCGGAGGCAGCAACAGAAAGAUGCUGAAGGAGUCGCAGAGACUUCAUUAUGUGGUGACUGAGGUCCAGGGACCGAGCAUAAAGGUGGAAUUCACUGACUGCAAAGCGUCUAUACAGCUUCCCAUGGAAAAGGCAAUAGAGACGGCUCUCGACUGUCUGAAGAGUGCCAACACAGAGCCCUACUACAGGCGGCAGGCUUGGGAGGUCAUUAAGUGCUUCCUGGUGGCCAUGACAAGUCUGGACGACAAUAAACACGCUCUCUACCAGCUCCUGUCUCAUCCCAACUUUACGGACAAGUGGAUUCCUAAUGUCAUCAUCUCUCAUCGCUACAAGGCGCAAGACACACCCGCUCGCAGAACAUUUGAACAGGCACUGACUGGGGCAUUCAUGUCGGCUGUGAUAAAGGACCUGAGGCCCAGCGCGCUGCCCUUCGUUGCCAGUCUCAUUCGGCAUUAUACCAUGGUCGCUGUGGCUCAGCAGUGUGGUCCGUUCCUGCUGCCGUGCUACCAGCUGGGCAGCCAGCCAAGCACAGCCAUGUUCCACAGUGAGGAGAACGGGUCGAAGGGCAUGGAUCCACUGGUGCUUAUCGACGCCAUCGCUAUCUGCAUGGCCUACGAGGAGAAGGAGCUGUGUAAGAUCGGAGAAGUGGCUCUGGCUGUCAUCUUUGACGUGGCCAGCAUCAUCCUCGGCUCCAAGGAACGAGCGUGCCAGUUGCCCUUAUUCUCCUACAUAGUCGAGCGUCUGUGUGCCUGCUGCUAUGAGCAGGCCUGGUACGCCAAACUGGGGGGCGUGGUGUCCAUCAAGUUUCUGAUGGAAAGACUGCCUCUGAUCUGGGUGCUACAGAACCAGCUCACUUUCCUCAAAGCCCUGCUUUUUGUCAUGAUGGACCUCACUGGAGAGGUGUCAAACGGGGCUGUAGCCAUGGCAAAGACAACCCUAGAGCAGCUGCUGGUGCGCUGUGCCACUCCACUGAAAGAUGAAGAAAAGACAGAAGAGCUGCUGGCUGCUCAGGACAAAUCUUUCCACAUGGUUACCCAUGACCUCGUCCGAGAAGUCACCUCCCCUAACUCCACUGUCAGAAAACAGGCCAUGCACUCCCUGCAGGUUUUAGCACAAGUCACUGGAAAGAGUGUCACAGUCAUCAUGGAACCACACAAAGAGGUUUUGCAGGAUAUGGUUCCUCCUAAGAAGCACCUGCUGCGGCAUCAGCCUGCGAACGCCCAAAUCGGUUUGAUGGAGGGGAACACCUUCUGCACCACUCUGCAGCCCCGUCUCUUCACAAUGGACCUCAAUGUCAUGGAGCAUAAGGUCUUCUACACAGAGCUUUUGAACCUGUGUGAAGCAGAGGAUGCUGCUCUGAUGAAGUUGCCUUGUUAUAAGAGCCUGCCCUCCCUGGUUCCCCUCCGUAUUGCUGCACUCAAUGCUCUGGCAGCUUGUAACUACUUGCCACAGUCGAGGGAGAAGAUCAUUGCUGCUUUGUUUAAAGCCCUCAACUCCACCAACAACGAGCUGCAGGAAGCAGGCGAAGCGUGCAUGAGGAAGUUUCUGGAAGGUGCCACUAUUGAGGUGGACCAGAUCCACACGCACAUGCGCCCGUUGCUGAUGAUGCUGGGCGACUACCGCAGCCUGACGCUCAACGUUGUGAACCGCCUGACCUCGGUCACGCGCCUCUUCCCCAACUCCUUCAAUGACAAGUUCUGUGAUCAGAUGAUGCAACACCUGCGGAAAUGGAUGGAAGUGGUUGUAAUAACUCACAAAGGAGGACAGCGUAGCGACGGCAGUGUAAGCAAACACACAUCCUGCAUACUCACCGCACAGUUUCAACCUGCGUUGGAGGGUGUUGAGGAGAUGAAGAUUUGCUCUGCCAUCAUUAACCUGUUUCACCUAAUCCCAGCUGCACCUCAGACUCUGGUCAAACCUCUGCUGGAGGUGGUCAUGAAGACAGAAAGAGCAAUGCUCAUUGAGGCCGGCAGUCCAUUCAGGGAGCCUUUGAUCAAGUUCCUGACACGCCACCCAUCUCAGACGGUUGAGUUGUUCAUGAUGGAGGCUACGCUCAACGACCCCCAGUGGAGCCGAAUGUUCAUGAGUUUUCUGAAACACAAAGACGCCAAGCCACUCAGAGAUGUGUUGGCCUCUAAUCCGAACCGCUUCGUCCCCCUGCUGGUUCCUGCUGUUACUGCAGCAACCGUUCGACCUGGAUCUCCCUCCACCACCACAGCCAGACUGGACCUGCAGUUUCAGGCCAUCAAGAUCAUUAGCAUCAUUGUCAAAAAUGACGAGGGGUGGUUAGCAGGGCAACACUCUCUGGUCAGCCAGCUUAGGCGAGUCUGGGUCAGCGAGGCCUUCCAGGAGAGACACCGCAAGGACAACAUGGCUGCAACCAACUGGAAGGAGCCUAAGCUGCUGGCCUACUGCUUGUUAAGCUACUGCAAACGUAACUAUUCAGAGAUCGAGCUGCUGUUCCAGCUGGUGCGAGCUUUCACUGGUCGCUUCCUUUGCAACAUGACCUUCCUGAAGGAGUACAUGGAAGAGGAGAUUCCCAGGAACUACUCUAUCGCUCAGAAACGUGCCCUUUUCUUCCGCUUUGUUGAGUUUAAUGACCCGCAUUUCAACGAUGAGCUGAAAGCAAAGGUGCUGCAGCACAUCUUGAACCCUGCCUUCCUGUACAGCUUUGAGAAGGGGGAAGGUGAGCAGCUGCUUGGACCACCCAACCCUGAAGGAGACAAUCCUGAGAGCAUUACCAGCGUCUUCAUCACCAAGGUUCUGGACCCAGAGAAGCAGGCUGACCUGUUAGACUCGCUGCGAAUUUGCCUUCUUCAGUUUUCCACGCUGCUCGUGGAGCACGCGCCCCACCACAUUCACGACAACAACAAGUCACGCAACAGCAAGCUGCGUCGCCUCAUGACGUUCGCUUGGCCGUGCCUGUUGCCCAAAGCCUGCGUAGACCCGGCCUGUAAAUACAGCGGACACUUGCUUCUUGCUCACAUCAUUGCCAAGUUUGCCAUUCACAAGAAGAUUGUCCUGCAGGUCUUUCACAGCCUGUUGAAGGCACACACAAUGGAAGCCCGGGCCAUCGUUCGCCAGGCCAUGGCCAUCCUCACCCCCGCUGUGCCUGCUCGCAUGGAGGACGGCCACCAGAUGUUGACUCACUGGACUCGCAAAAUCAUUGUGGAGGAAGGACACACCGUGCCACAGCUUGUUCACAUACUGCAUCUUAUCGUGCAACACUUCAGGGUGUACUACCCCGUCCGCCACCACCUGGUGCAGCACAUGAUCAGCGCGAUGCAGCGUCUGGGCUUCACGCCCAGUGUGACCAUAGAGCAAAGGAAACUGGCUGUGGAUUUGGCUGAGGUGGUUAUUAAGUGGGAGUUACAGAGAAUUAAAGACCAGCAGCCGGAGUCUGAGUCUGAAAUCGUGGUCAGCGAAGGAACGAGCGGGGCAGCCGUGAAAAGAGGUCUCUCUCUUGAAUCUGCCGGUACUGGACAGGAUGUCAAAAGAUUUCGUACGGCAACUGGUGCUGCUUCCACGGUGUUUGGACGUACCCAGUCUAUGCCAGGAACUGAAACCAUGCUCACAAAGCCCGUUGAGAAACAGCAUACAGAUACCGUCGUUAACUUCCUUAUUAGGAUUGCAUGCCAGGUGAACGAAAGCACCAACGUGGCUGGGUCUCCUGGGGAGUUGCUGUCCCGUCGCUGUGUUAGUUUGAUGAAAACUGCCCUGAGGCCUGAUAUGUGGCCUCGCGCUGAGCUCAAGCUGCAGUGGUUUGACAAGCUUCUAAUGACAGUGGAACAGCCAGCGCAAGCUAACAUCUCGAACAUCUGCACCGGUUUGGAGAUUCUCUGCUUCCUGUUGACGGUGCUGCAGUCGCCUGCCAUCCUGGCCCAUUUCAAGCCUCUGCAGCGAGGGAUCGCCGCAUGUAUGACCUGUGGCAAUACGAAAAUUCUGCGGGCUGUUCAUUCCCUUCUCUCUCGUCUCAUGAGCAUCUUCCCCACUGAGCCAAGUACAUCAACCGUGGCUUCUAAGUACGAGGAACUGGAGUGUCUUUAUGCUGCUGUGGGCAAAGUUAUCUACGAGGGCCUUACCAACUAUGAAAAAGCAACAAGCAACACUAACCCCACACAGCUUUUUGGGACUCUGAUGAUCCUGAAGUCCGCCUGCAGUUAUAAUGCCAGCUACAUCGACCGCCUUAUCUCUGUAUUUAUGCGCUCACUACAAAAGAUGGUCCGGGAACACCUUAGCCCCCAGCAGGCGAACUCAGGGGUCACUGAAACCAGUACAGUGACAAGCGAGCUGGUGAUGCUGAGCCUUGACCUGGUGAAAACUCGACUGUCUGUCAUGAGCAUGGAGAUGAGGAAGAACUUCAUCCAGGUCAUUCUUACGUCUCUGAUUGAAAAGUCACCCGACCCCAAAAUUCUUCGAGCUGUGGUCAAGAUUGUGGAAGAGUGGGUGAAAAACAAUUCUCCUAUGGCCGCCAACCAGAUGCCAAACCUGCGCGAGAAGUCCAUCUUGCUGGUGAAGAUGAUGACCUACAUAGAGAAACGUUUCCCCGAUGAACUUGAGUUAAAUGCCCAGUUCCUGGACCUCGUUAAUUACGUCUACAGGGAUGAAAGCCUUUCAGGAAGUGACAUCACGUCCAAGCUUGAGCCAGCUUUCCUCUCAGGGCUUCGCUGCAGUCAGCCAUUAAUCAGGGCCAAGUUUUUUGAGGUGUUUGAUUCCUCGAUGAAGCGCCGCGUCUACGAGAGACUGCUCUACAUCUGCUGUUCUCAGAACUGGGAGGCCAUGGGCAGCCACUUCUGGAUCAAACAGUGCAUCGAGUUGUUACUGGCAGUGUGUGAACGAAACACAAUCAUUGGCACUAGCUGCCAGGGAUCUAUGCUGCCUUCUAUAACCAACGUCAUCAACCUGGCUGACAGUCAUGAUCGUGCAGCCUUUGCCAUGGCAACACACGUCAAACAGGAGCCACGCGAACGGGAAAACAGCGAGACCAAAGAAGAGGAAGUGGAGAUUGACAUUGAAUUAGCGCCAAGUGACCAGACAGCCAUUCCUAAGACCAAGGAGCAGGCUGAAAGAGACACAGGCAACCAACUGCACAUGCUUACCAACCGGCACGACAAAUUCCUGGACUCUUUACGAGAAGUCAAGACGGGCGCUCUUCUAAAUGCCCUGGUCCAGCUCUGUCACAUCUCCACACCUCUGGCUGAGAAGUCCUGGGUUCAGCUUUUCCCUCGCCUCUGGAAGAUCCUGUCAGACAGACAGCAACAUGCUUUGUCUGGUGAAAUGAGUCCUUUCCUGUGCAGUGGCAGUCACCAGGCCCAAAGGGACUGCCAGCCCAGUGCCCUGAACUGCUUUGUGGAAGCCAUGUCUCAAUGUGUCCCUCCGAUUCCCAUCCGGCCCUGCGUGCUGAAGUAUCUGGGCAAGACGCACAACCUCUGGCUGCGCUCCACCCUCAUGCUGGAGCAGCAGGCCUUUGAAAAAGGCCUGAGUCUGCACAGUAAACCCAAGCAAAGCACAGAGUUUUAUGAACAGGAGAGCAUCACGCCGCCUCAGCAGGAGAUUUUGGACUCCCUCGCUGAGCUCUACUCUCUGCUCCAAGAGGAGGAUAUGUGGGCAGGCUUGUGGCAGAAGAGGUGCAAGUUUCCUGAGACUGCAACAGCCAUUGCUUACGAGCAACAUGGCUUCUUCGAACAGGCUCAGGAAAGUUAUGAGAAAGCAAUGGAAAAGGCAAGGAAAGAGCAUGAAAGGAGCAAUGUCUCCCCAGCCAUUUUUCCUGAGUACCAAUUGUGGGAGGACCACUGGAUACGCUGUUCCAAGGAGCUGAACCAAUGGGAGCCAUUGACUGAAUAUGGCCAAUCAAAAGGUCACUCAAACCCUUAUUUAGUGCUUGAAUGUGGUUGGAGGGUUUCUAAUUGGGCUGCUAUGAAGGAGGCUUUGGUUCAGGUGGAGCUCAGCUGUCCCAAGGAGAUGGCGUGGAAGGUGAACAUGCACCGCGGAUAUCUGGCUAUCUGCAACCCCGAGGAGCAGCAGCUCAACUUCAUCGAGCGGCUGGUGGAGAUGGCCUCUAGCCUGGCCAUCCGCGAGUGGAGGAGGUUGCCUCACAUUGUUUCCCACGUGCACACGCCACUGCUGCAGGCGGCGCAGCAGAUCAUUGAGCUGCAGGAAGCAGCUCAGAUUAAUGCAGGACUUCAGCCUACAAACCUGGGCCGCAACACCAGCCUGCACGACAUGAAGACCGUGGUGAAGACCUGGAGGAAUCGACUGCCUAUUGUUUCUGACGACCUCUCCCACUGGAGCAGCAUAUUCAUGUGGCGCCAACACCACUACCAAGCCAUCGUGACAGCGUAUGAGACAAACACACAACACGACCCAAAUAACAACAACGCCAUGUUGGGAGUUCAUGCCUCGGCUUCUGCUAUCAUUCAGUAUGGGAAGAUAGCUCGCAAACAGGGGUUGGUGAAUGUGGCCUUAGACAUUUUAAGUCGAAUCCAUACCAUCCCCACGGUGCCCAUCGUUGACUGCUUCCAGAAGAUUAGACAGCAGGUCAAGUGUUAUUUGCAGCUGGCUGGUGUAAUGGGCAAGAAUGAAUGCAUGCAGGGUUUAGAGGUGAUCGAGUCGACUAACCUGAAGUAUUUUACCAAAGAGAUGACAGCCGAGUUCUACGCUCUGAAGGGCAUGUUCCUGGCACAAAUAAACAAGUCAGAGGAGGCCAAUAAGGCCUUUUCAGCUGCUGUACAGAUGCACGACGUCCUAGUGAAAGCCUGGGCCAUGUGGGGAGACUACCUGGAGAACAUCUUUGUCAAAGAUCGGCAGCUUCAUCUGGGAGUUUCAGCUAUUACCUGCUACCUGCAUGCCUGCCGCCACCAAAACGAGAGCAAGUCCCGCAAGUACCUCGCAAAGGUGCUGUGGUUGCUCAGCUUUGAUGACAAGAACACACUGGCAGAUGCUGUGGAUAAAUACUGCAUUGGAGUGCCCCCCAUUCAGUGGUUGGCCUGGAUCCCCCAGCUUCUGACCUGCCUGGUUGGGUCAGAGGGCAAGCCCCUGCUUAAUCUCAUCAGCCAGGUGGGACGAGUGUACCCUCAGGCUGUAUACUUCCCAAUCCGUACUCUUUACCUUACCCUCAAGAUUGAGCAGAGGGAGCGCUACAAAAACUCAUCUGGGCAGCAGCAGCCCAGUUCUGUGGGGGCCCAGCCUCACUCAGGUGCGUCCGACCCAGGACCUAUCCGCGCCACUGCCCCGAUGUGGCGCUGCAGCCGGAUCAUGCACAUGCAGCGGGAGCUACACCCCACCCUGCUUUCAUCCCUGGAGGGUAUUGUGGACCAGAUGGUGUGGUUCAGAGAGAACUGGCAUGAAGAGGUCUUGAGGCAGCUCCAGCAAGGCCUUGCUAAAUGCUACUCGGUGGCAUUUGAGAAGAGUGGCGCCGUGUCUGAUGCCAAGAUCACGCCACACACACUCAACUUCGUCAAGAAGCUGGUUAGCACCUUUGGUGUCGGCUUGGAGAACGUCUCCAAUGUUUCCACCAUGUUCUCCAGCGCCGCCUCCGAGUCGCUGGCCCGCCGUGCCCAGGCCACAGCCCAGGAUCCCGUUUUUCAGAAGAUGAAGGGACAGUUCACAACAGACUUUGACUUCAGUGUGCCAGGCUCCAUGAAGCUCCACAACCUGAUCUCCAAACUGAAGAAGUGGAUCAAGAUUUUGGAGGCUAAAACCAAACAGCUUCCCAAAUUCUUCCUGAUUGAGGAGAAGUGCCGCUUCCUGAGUAAUUUCUCUGCGCAAACAGCUGAAGUGGAGAUCCCAGGUGAAUUCCUGAUGCCCAAACCUACGCACUACUACAUCAAGAUCGCCAGGUUCAUGCCCAGGGUGGAAAUCGUUCAGAAACACAACACUGCAGCUCGCCGUCUUUAUAUACGUGGUCACAACGGUAAGAUCUACCCCUACCUGGUGAUGAACGAUGCCUGCCUGACCGAGUCACGUCGAGAAGAAAGGGUCCUGCAGCUCCUCCGCCUCCUCAACCCCUGUUUGGAGAAGAGGAAGGAGACCACCAAGCGGCACCUCUUCUUCACUGUUCCUCGGGUGGUGGCAGUUUCACCUCAGAUGCGGCUUGUUGAGGACAACCCUUCAUCUCUGUCACUGGUGGAAAUUUACAAACAACGCUGUGCCAAAAAGGGCAUCGAGCACGACAACCCUAUCUCACGAUAUUAUGACCGUCUGGCCACUGUGCAGGCUCGAGGCACACAAGCCAGCCACCAGGUGCUAAGGGACAUCCUGAAAGAAGUCCAGGGGAACAUGGUUCCUCGCAGCAUGCUGAAGGAGUGGGCUCUUCACACAUUCCCCAACGCCACAGAUUACUGGACCUUUAGGAAGAUGUUCACCAUUCAGCUGGCCCUCAUCGGCCUGGCUGAGUUCAUGCUCCACCUCAACCGGCUCAAUCCUGAGAUGUUACAGAUUGCACAGGACACAGGCAAGCUGAACGUGUCGUACUUCCGCUUCGACAUAAACGACGCCACAGGUGACCUGGAUGCUAACCGACCCGUUCCAUUCCGCCUGACGCCAAACAUCUCCGAGUUCCUGUCGACCAUCGGGGUCUCCGGUCCGCUCACUGCCUCCAUGAUCGCCGUGGCGCGAUGUUUCGCACAGCCCAACUUUAAGGUGGAUGGCAUCCUGAAAGCAGUCCUCCGCGAUGAGAUCAUCGCGUGGCAUAAGAAGACGCAGGAGGACACGUCCAUCCCGCUGUCCCCCGCCGGACAGCCAGAGAACAUGGACUCGCAGCAGCUGGUCUCGUUGGUCCAGAAGGCCGUCACGGCCAUCAUGACCCGCCUCCAUAACCUGGCUCAGUUCGAGGGCGGGGAGAGUAAGGUCAACACCCUGGUGGCUGCAGCAAACAGCCUGGACAAUCUGUGCCGCAUGGAUCCUGCCUGGCACCCCUGGCUUUGAGCGGGGGAUGAAGACUUGUUCUCUGAUGAGGAGUUCUUCAUGGAUCUUGCUCCUGAAUGUACCUUUUUUGAUUUGAAACACAAAAUAAUUCAGAAGGUAGAACAAAGCUAACAGACUGGAGUCAUUUCAGCACAAGUUGACUUUAUGGUUUGAACCUUUUUCUGAUUUAACUCGGAUUCAUUUUCAAUAUCUGGGUGAGAUGCAGAACAGAGAUUUAAGCCGGCUUUACU